AUGUCAACCAAUAUAAAUUUUAAAGACAUGAGUUCUUAUAAAUAUUUAUCAAAACUUAAAGUUAUUGAUAAAGAUUUUAUAAUUAAAUGUUUAAACAUGGCGAGUAAAAAGGAUGAACUUUCUUUAAUUUUAGAUUCAACAAUAGAUUUACCAUUUAAGUUUAGUGAUAUUAGUAUAACUGGUUGGAAAUAUAAUGAAAAGAUUCCAUUUACAUUGGAUUACCAAAAAUUUGACGAGUAUACCAUUUAUCUACGUCGAUUAGCCAUAAAUCUCCAUAUGCAACCAAGAAUUUAA